CACGGUCAGAUUGACAGUUCUCUCUCCCCAGUAUAGCGGACAGCUCGCAACUUGCUCACUACUGGUUGUGUGAAUGGUUUAGUGGUGGAAAGCAUACUUUAACUGGGAUGCGAGCAUUUUGAGUACCAGAGCCACAUUUCUAAUCGGACAACGCUAAAAGAUACCGGCCACGGGGCUAGAAACAAAAAAGACAGCAGCUGGUAGCUGGUUAAAGGAGGGAUUAUACUUUCUGGUCCACAAGUACUUGAGGGUCCACAUGACGUAAAUUUCCUCACUACCCAAGUCUGCGGAGGUCCGCGUUGCAGGCCAGAGUCCGUGCGGCCACUUUGCUACAAGGGCACCUACUGCACUUGCGCUGUAAACCAAAAUGGAUGCUGAAUUUGAAGAGAGGCUACUUGAAGAGGUGAGGUUCUGAGUGAGUGAGUGAGGGAGCAAGCAAGAGGACAGAGAGAGAGAGCGAGAGAGAGCGCAGGCAAUGGAGCAGCAGAGACAGAGGACUCUCUCCACUUCAGGAGAAUCGCUGUACGCCGUGCUUGGAGUCGAUAAGAACGCCACGCCAGAGGACAUCAAGAAGUGUUACAGAAAACUGGCCCUGAAGUUCCACCCAGACAAGAACCCGGACAACCCAGAGGCAGCUGACAAAUUUAAGGAAAUCAACAACGCUCAUGCCAUCCUGAGUGACUGUACCAAGAAGAACAUCUAUGAUAAGUACGGCUCACUGGGCCUCUAUGUGGCCGAGCAGUUUGGAGAGGAAAAUGUCAACUCCUACUUUGUGCUGUCCAGCUGGUGGGCCAAGGCCUUGUUUAUCUUCUGUGGUGUGGCCACAGGUUGUUAUUUCUGCUGUUGCCUGUGUUGCUGUUGUAACUGCUGCUGUGGUAAAUGUAAACCACGGCCGCCCAUGGAGCAGGAGCCAGAGUUUUAUGUGUCACCUGAGGACCUGGAGGCCCAGAUGACCACUGAGGAGAGAGGUGGCAGUGAUCCCAUCAUAAUGCAGCCAUCCUCGGCCACAGAGACCACUCAGCUCACCGCUGACUCCCACCACAGCUACCGGACUGAGGCUUACUAGAUUCACACACUCACAAACACACACAUCCAUGCACAUUCAGACACAUAGAACCAGCAGAAUCUAGUGAUAUUUUACCCACACACAUAGACACACCUAAAAACCAUCGCA